GUGUCGCUGGACUAUGACGUAGGAGCUAGCGUCGCAACAGCUCUUCUUUUUAAACUAAAAAACAAACAUUUCCAGCUGAUAAACUGCUUCAGGAUGCACGUGUCGGUGCGUGAGGUUUGCAUCCCGUCUGAGCCUGACUCCGCCUACUUCCUGCGGGUGGCCUGGAAGGGGCGGGGCUUAGAGUCCGGCUUCCAGCUGCUGCUGACUGACGGACAGGACGCCUGGAGAGGAGACGUGAGCGAGGCCUCGGUGUGUGCGGAGGCGGAGGAGUUGGAGAUGCAGAUGGAGCGAUACGUUCAGGACCUCCAUCAGGCGCUGACCGACACCACAAGCUCCUUCAGCUUCAAUCUGACGCCGUCGCCCCCCAAACACACCUCCACCCUCACGCUGGCCUACGAGAAGGUUCAGAAGGACAUCUCUUUCAGGUUGGGUUCUGCGGUUCUGAAGGCCGACCCGGAUCCAGCCGAGGCGCUGAGAGAGUUGUUGACGCACAGUCUGCAGAGAGGGAACCACCUGAAGGAGGAGAACCAGAACCUGAAGGAGGAGAACCUCAAGAUGAGAGGAGAACACCAGCGCAUCUCUGCAGAACUGAAGCGCUAUGCGGGUGGUAAGGCGUCCCUGGAGGCAGAGCUGUACUCCCGUUUUGUUUUGGUCGUGAACGAGAAGAAAGCAAAGAUCCGCAGCCUUCAGGAAGCUGUCACUCACCUGCAGGGCGACAGUUCUAAGGAACAGAAACAGCAGGAUGCAGUCAAAUCAGCCGAUGAUGAGGAAGAGGACGAAUACGGAGGAAGCACCGAUGAAGAAGAGCAACAGGAAGUGAAGAGGACCCCACCCUCCAACUCCUCGACUCACGAGUUGGACGACAGCCUGAAGGACAUCACGGACGUCGCCCCGUGUCGAAAACGCCGUUUCCGUCACCUUGGACCCUCGGACCCCGCGGUGAAGAGAGGAAACCCCCAGAGUUCCCAGACAGAAAAAACUAAGAGGAGCGACCCCCCGGCAGGAUCCAGUAAGCAGCAGCCGCCCCCCCGCCGCUCUACAGAGGCUGCAGCAGUAGAGGACCUGUUUGAUGACUUUUGACCCGUUGACUUCCACUCUUUUUCCUCAGGACUGCACAGAGAGACGACACUGGGUGUUAUGGAUAUGGUGGAUUGUUUGUAUACUGGAUGUAUGUGUUAAAGGGUUAGUUAAAUUAUUUAAAAGGGAUUGUUCCUGUUACAACAUAAAGAAUGGGGGAUGAAGGUGAAACGGCAGGUCGGUUUUGGUCUCCUUCUUGGAGACUCUUUUGCUGUACAGAUAAUAAACUUUCACCUGAUUUGUAAUGAUCAUCUGACGAUGUUUUGAGAACACAUUUUGUAUUUUACGAUUUAGAUUUUCUCAUUUGAUGUAAAAAAAAGCAGAAACAUACAAACCUCAAUGUUAAAAUAUAUAAAUAAACAUUAACAAUCUUUCUAAUCCUCGCUGCAAUCACCCUUAGGAACCACUCAAAUGUCUUAAAUUAUAUUUUUAUAAAUCGGGAAACGUAAACCAUUUUCCAUAACCUUCAUGAACUGGAAGUGAAUUGUGAUUUCUACAAUUAAAAAAAACUUGUGAUUGUAAUUUUUGAACCAAUAAACAGUGAAUGUGUU